GCGGCCCGGCGGCGGCGGGCGGGCUUGACGCCGCCGCCCGACUCCGCCAGAGAGCUGGGGCCCGGCGGGGCGGAGGAGGAGGAGGCGGCGGGGGACGAGGGAGACCUGGAGCUGGAGGAGGAGGAGCUGCUGGUGGGGCAGGACGAGGAGGAGGAGGACUCGGCCGCUCUGCUGCUGCUGUCCUCGUCCUCCUCGCCCUCUCAGCCGCUCCCGCUGCUGCCGGCGCUGGGCUCCGUCCUGCUCUCGUCCUCCUUCGAUGCGCAGGAGGCGGCGGCGGGCGCGCUGUGCGGGGCGGACGAUCCUCAGGGCAUGAUGGCGGCGAUGCUGUCCCACGCCUACAGCAGCGGCCUGGGCGGCGGCGGCGGGGCGACGGGCCUCAACGGCGAGCAGGCGGCCUUGCUCCGCCGCAAGAGCGUCAACACCACCGAGUGCGUGCCCGUGCCCAGCUCCGAGCAUGUGGCCGAGAUCGUGGGCCGUCAGGGUUGCAAAAUCAAAGCGCUAAGGGCCAAGACAAAUACUUACAUCAAGACCCCAGUUCGUGGAGAAGAGCCCGUCUUUGUCGUCACCGGGCGAAAAGAGGACGUAGCCAUGGCCAAAAGGGAAAUCCUCUCCGCUGCUGAACACUUCUCCAUGAUCCGAGCGUCGCGCAACAAGAACGGCCCUGCCGUGGCAGGUUUGCCCUGUACCCCCAACCUGCCGGGUCAGACGACGGUCCAAGUCCGGGUGCCUUACCGCGUCGUUGGGCUGGUGGUCGGUCCCAAAGGAGCCACCAUCAAAAGGAUUCAGCAGCAGACCCACACCUACAUAGUCACACCCAGCAGAGACAAGGAGCCCGUCUUCGAAGUGACGGGCAUGCCCGAGAACGUGGACCGCGCGCGCGAGGAGAUCGAGAUGCACAUCGCCAUGAGGACCGGCAACUACGUGGAGCUGAACGAGGAGAACGACUUCCACUUCAAUGGGACGGACGUGAGCUUCGAGGGGGGCACCCUGGGGUCUGCCUGGCUUGCCUCCAACCCUGUCCCUCCUCCCCGCAAUAGGAUGAUCUCUAACUAUAGGAACGACAGCUCCAGCUCCCUGGGAAGCGGCUCCACGGAUUCCUACUUCGGCGGCAAUAGGUUGGCUGACUUCAGCCCCACGAGCCCGUUCAGCACAGGCAACUUCUGGUUUGGGGAGACGCUGCCCGCGGUGGGCACGGAAGAUCUCAGGGUCGACUCUCCCGUGUACGACUCCUUACCCAAGCCUUCCCAGACCAUUUGGACCCCUCUUGAACCCGUCAACCCUCUCUCCAGCUUCGGUAGCGAUCCUACUAGCGUCGCCAAGGCCCCUCGCCGGGGCAGCCAACCAUCCACUCCUCGCCUGUCGCCCACCUUCCCCGACAGCCUGGAUCACCCUCUGGCCAGGAGAGUGAGGAGCGACCCACCGGGCACUGGCCACCACGCUGGCCUUCCCAUCUACAUCCCUGCCUUCUCCAACGGUACCAACAGCUAUUCCUCUUCCAACGGGGGCUCCACCUCCAGCUCCCCCCCCGAGUCGAGGCGGAAACACGACUGCGUCAUCUGCUUCGAGAGCGAGGUCAUCGCGGCCCUGGUGCCCUGCGGCCACAACCUCUUCUGCAUGGAGUGUGCCAACAAGAUCUGCGACAAGGAAACGCCGUCGUGCCCCGUUUGCCAGACAGCUGUUACUCAGGCAAUCCAAAUCCACUCUUAAAAACAACAGCAGAUAGGUGUUAUUAUAUAUGGACUUCCUAAAAAAAAACAAACUCUUUAAAGGCAUGGGUGUCUUGGUACCCUUGUAGUAAACUUCCUGAUGAGUUCUGACUGUUUGGGCUUUCUUGGGAUUAGGCUGAAGUUGUUAAUGAAUUUCUACUUUCUCAAAAGGCUGCUAUGGUAACACUAAACCUCAGUGGUCUCGGUCCUGUUCAGUGUAAGCAGACGAUGUGUUGGGCACAGGGGAUCUGCCAUGGGCUUACGGCACAGCGAGUGGAAGCCACCAUCAACCGCACCACCGAAAGCAAAGCAACAACAAGCCGAUGAAACCAAUUUUCCCUGCUUCCUAAAAGGAUCUCUGUUCAGCGUUUGGACUCCUGCGUGCUGGCAGCAGCGAGCCUCAUCGCCGGAGCACAGGGACGUGACUCGUGUGCCGUGGAGGGCUUGUGGCAUUAUAUCAAACAACACUUCCAAUGCUGCCUUCUUUACACUGCCAGUCUUGAAAAAAAACAAAAACAGGUUUGGGGAAAUCAUUUUGGGUUUUGUUUUUGUUAGUUUCGUGCAACGACAUAGGCCUAACUCUUCAUCAUUGCAAACCCCUUUGUGUUAUGUUUAAAGAGAAGAGCAACCGGUUCUGUUUCUUG